AUGGAGGAAAGUGGCGGUAAUGGGAAUGCGCGAAGAAGAAGAGGAGGAGGAGGAACGGAACGAGAAAUCUAUUGCGGUAGAAGUUCUAGUGGAAUCGAUUAUGACGAAGUGAUCGGUAUUCUUAGCAGUAAAGAAAAGCACGAUGAUGAUGAUAAUUAUAGAUAG